CGACAUCUUUACGCCGAUAUACAACGAGAGUUUGACAGCCGGCGCCGCCGUGGGGAAAUGUCUAGAGUUCCGAUGAGCCACCGGGUUCUGACGUUCGAAAGCCCGGGUCUGGAAUUUUCCGGCGAUGUAGCGAUUAACUUGUCGGGUGACACCGUGUUUGAGUUUCUUGACGAUGAAGACGGUCAAGGGUCGUCGGUGGGGUCAACGUGUGACAAUAUUUUCGACCAAAAUGAAGCUGAAGACGAGGAUGGCCACAAAGAUAACGUCGGAGACACUGAUUUUUAUUUCUGGGAAGCUCAACGCCAAUUAUUACAAACAACAAUAUGCAGAACAACUUCGUUAGAGACUAAAAUUCGAAGUAUUACCAGAGAAACAUUAAAAGAAGCAAAAAAGAGCGGAAGCGCGUGCGGUUGUCCGAACGCGCCGCUGGAAGGCGGCUGCCGGAGCUGCCUCAUGAAGGCGGUUUGCAGCAGUCUCCAGAGCGCGGGUUUCGAUUCCGCCAUUUGCAAAUCGAAGUGGCAGAGCUCAGAUAUUCCCUCCGGCGAGCACACGUUCUUGGAGGUGGUCGAUUCCUCGAACCCCAAAAGGGGAGAAGUGAGAGUGGUGAUCGAAUUGAGCCUCAGAUCGGAGUUUGAGAUGGCGAAGGCCGGCGAGGAGUACAAUAAACUAGUGAAUGGGUUGCCGGAGAUGUUCGUCGGGAAAAUCGAGAGAUUGCUGGCGGUGAUAAAGAUUCUGUGCGCGGCGGCCAAGAAAUGCAUGAAGGAGAGGAAGAUGCAUAUUGCCCCUUGGAGAAAGUAUAGGUAUAUGCAAGCCAAGUGGAUCAAGAAUUGCCGCCGUACUACUCCGGCGUUAGUGUUUCCCGUCGGCGAGUCCAGCGGCCGCCCACGGCGGCCGAGAGCAUCCAUGCUCACAGUUGAUCUGCUCGACGGUUUGCCGAAUCCCCACCGCACGGCAGUUGCAGUCGUGUGAAAUGUGAAUUGUACAAAAUGCGGAGUGUGUAUUAUUUCUUCUUUGACUCUUUCUCGAGGAAGUGGCACGAAAAUAUUUACAGUAAUUCAUUUCUCACAAUCAAAGUGUGCCUUCUUUGAUUGUAGGUUGUAGUUAAGUUUAAGAAGUUUUUGCCAUUAAUUUGAUUGUCAUAUAUUUCAUUCUAUAUUAUCAUUUCAAUUACUCCGUAUAUUGUUAUAUUUGUGAUAAAUAAUCAUUAUGGUGUAAG